UUGACGUUGGUAGCGUCAGCUCUCUGCUCCACGAUCCACCGAGGGUCUCCUUCUCCCCACUUAGCCAUCUUUAACUCUCUCUGUCACAUCCGUUGGUUCCAGCUCCGGCUCACUACAACUCCCAGCAGCCUCCGCGCGGCCGGAAGCCUCCCUCCGCCAGAGGAGAAGAAGAAGAAGAAGAGGAAGCAGCUGAAGAUGAUGAAGAAUAAAGCAGACGAGGAAGACUACUGGAACAGCUCCAAGUUUAAAGCCUUCACCUUCGACGAUGAAGACGAUGAGUUCAGCCGGUUAAAGGAGUCGAAGCGGGCGGUGAACAGCAUCCGGCCGCUGGUGGACGAAGACGACGAUGAAGAGGAGGUGGAGAAGGUCAGCUGGAGCGGCGAGCCAGUCGGCAGUAUUUCCUGGUCCGUCAACGAGACAGCAGCGUCCAAUCAGAGGACAGACAGAGAGCCCGCCUUCCCCAAAAUCAACACGGACACAACGAGCAUCAGCAAGAGUCACUCUGGAUACUCUCUCAGCGCGCUGUUCAAAGGAAAAACUAGAGGAGGAAACUUCCAGUUGGUCUCUGACACUCUCAGCGACUCGUCUGUCAGGCUCUACGCUCCAGAACUCCGAAAACCCAAAUCUGAAUACAAGGAUUACGUCAGUGAUUGGUCGCCUGAGGAGACGGUCCAGAGAAUGCAGCAAGGAAAGGCGGUCUCUCUGGAGAAGUUCCGCUCUCUUCAGGACAAGCUGCUGCUGCUGGACUACGCCGUCAGCGCUCACGACGGAAAUGUCAUCACCGCUGUUUUAAUUUAUCUGAAGAGGACUCUGAGUAAAGAGGUUUUGUUUCGGGAGCUGACAGACAGACAGACGGCUCUGAGACAUUUCAUCCACUACCUGACAGAAAGCAAAGACCAGAGGCUGCUGCUGGAGCUGCUAAGAGCUCUGGGCAGGACAGAGGACAUGGCGCUCCUGCAGUAUAAAGAACACCUGGGCAUCGCAGAUGAAAACAAGAGGCGGGACUUCCUGAAGAGCUGCCUCAGUCUGCCGUUUUCUCCAGAAGAUUCCGUUCACGUUGAGGAUCACUACACGCUGCUGGAGAGACAGAUCAUCAUCGAGGCAACAGACGGGCAUGCUGAGCGUGGAGGGAAGCAGGAAAUCUUCCAGAAGUUUCCCAGAAAAGCUUCAAUCCUCAACAUGCCUCUGAUCACCACGCUGUACUACUGCUGCUUCUACCAUUACACCGAGUCAGAGGGAACCUACAGCAGUCCACUCAACAUCCGUCAGACCUUCAAGCUUUCAGAGAAGCAGUUCUUUGUGACGGCGUUGGCGGCGCGGGCGAAGCUGAAGGCGUGGCCCGACGUGGAUGCUCUGUUCACCAGCAGGAACUGGCUCGGCUUCACCAGGAAGAAAUCUCCGCUCAGCUUCCAGAGAGUCGUCGACGUGCUGCACAAGAACUCCGCCCCUACGCAGGUGCUCCAGGACUACGUGGCCCUGGUCGAUGAUGCCGAGCUGAGGAUCACGUUGGCUCAGAAACAUAAAUGUCACGACAUCGUCAUUAACACUUACCGGGACCUGAAGGACCGGCAGCAGUUGCUAGGAUACCGGGCAAAGAUGGCGAGAGGAUCGGCGGAGGAGAGGAAGAUUAACGAACUGCUCAACAACUCGCAAAUCCGGUGGAAGAACUGACGUUCCAACUAAAGACUUUUACUUUGAAAAUAAAGAGGCUGUUUCCUGCGUCAAGAGGAGAGCUUCUCAUUGGUCGCAGACAGCAGCAGUGGGCGGGGCUUAUAUUUCUGCGAGUUGCUUCAACAUUCCUCCUGAUUUUGUAAAUACGAAUGUAACAAAUAAAAACUUUAUUUAAAAAGCUGAA